AUGAAAAGCUCUGAUAAGAAUUCAAAUGAUGGGGAUGCUGUUUGUAGUUAUUGUAAAUUAGAUUCAAGUAAAAAUACUAAAGGCAAACCUGAAAAGUUACUUGUGUGUCAAGAUUGUAAAACAACAGCUCAUCCCUCCUGUAUGAAGUAUUCACCAAAACUAGCAAAGAAAGCAUAUAAAGGUGUUUGGCAAUGUAUAGAUUGUAAAUCUUGUUGCGUCUGUGAUCGUGGUGAAGAUGCUACCACUAUGUUAUUCUGUGAUGCUUGUGAUAGAGGAUAUCAUAUGGAAUGCCAUCAACCUGUUCUUAAAGAUAAACCUAAAGGUAAAUGGGUAUGUUCAGAUUGUGAUAGUAGUUUAUAUCAAACACGAGAGAUGGAAUGGAGCAGUGAGAGUGAAAGUUUACAUCAUGAAUGUAAUAGACUUUACAGACAUCCUCAACCUUCCAAAGAUUCUAUAGCCAGAGUUUUAUCAAAGGAGCCCAAAUUAGAUGGUAAUUAUUAUCCGGAUGCAUCAGAAUGGUCUAUUGAUGAUGUUUUACAGUUUUUCCAAUCAUUAGGUUUCACUGAUGAUCAGAUUGAAGUUUUUAGAGAACAGGAAGUUGAUGGAAAGUCUAUUUUAUUAAUGAAAAGAUGUGAUGUGGUUUCUGGGUUGAGUUUAAAACUUGGUCCAGCUUUAAAACUAUUUCAACAUAUAGAGGGAUUACAGAGAGCAGGAUUUGAAGAUUGA